AUGUUUCAAGCUCAUCAACAACGUUCAAUUUCAAUGGAAAAUCCGAUGUCACUCGAUCUUCGAGUUAAAUUACGCCGAGAAAACGGUGCAAUUGGUAUAUUUGAAAUUGAUAAUAAAAGUGCGAUUUUUCUCCUAUUUGCUUAUGAAUCAAAAACAUUAACAGUCGAUUGGACUAUUCAAGAUGUUAUUCAAGAUUCCAAAUUCUUAGCUAUACUGGUUGCCUGUUAUGUUAAAAAUCGACCUCCUCCUGCGUGUGAUAUGAAAAUAGCUGAAAAUCGAGAUUUCGACAGUUUUUAUGGUAUUACUGGUUUGAAAAAUCAUUUUACAACCCCAACGGCGGAUGAAUGCAAUCCAAAUAUUAUAUUUCGACCAGCCCUACCUCAAACGAUAUUGAAAACAGAUAAUUCAGCAAGUUCAUUUAUGACAUUAGCCAAGUACGGAACUGGUACGAGUAAACUGGAACAUUUUGUCAAUUCUUUCCUUGGUAAACGACCAGACUCGCUGUAUCUAGCAAGUCAAGCUCAAGUACAAGUUCAAGAACGAAAUAUCUUUCAUGAAAAGCUAUUGCUAACGCAUUUGAAAAAUGACUUUGAAAGAUUUUCUAUUCUGAAGAAAGAUGAUGAACGAUUGCAUUUAUUAUUGGCUAUUCUUGAAGGUGAAAAAUUUGAACAUGAUGCCGGUAGAAAAUAUCUCUAUGGAAAUAUUUUUCGAGAUCUUACGCGCUUUUCCGUGUUUGUUAAGAAUUCUUUGAACAAAACACCCGUGUUUGUUAUCGAUGGCAUCGAUGAAAAUAGAUAUUUUUUCCAGGGAAAUGAAGUGAAUAAGGUCUUCCUGGAAUUAUUUUGUCGUUCAUCCGUAUCACAAGAUAUUCUUUCUAUGGUCAUGGCAAAUAAUUUUUAUCUUUCAGUUUUCUAUCCGAAAAUAGAUGGCAUUAAUAUAGAAGAUGCUAUUAUUCGAAAAGAUAAAUUUCCAACGCAUACGAUCACUUGGAAUACCAAAUCUCUCAUAAAUUAUGCUGAUUAUGUUCUUCAACAAAUGAAUAAGAAUGCCAUCAAAACACGUUGUAAACCAUUUACCGAUUUUAAAACAUUGGUCAAUUUUUCAAAUAAGAAAAUCGCUCAAAUUAUUGAAAAAAUCCCAACGCCGAGAGCACUUCAUUACUUUAUGAUCGCAUUGAUUUCAGAAAUGAACAACGAUGCCAAUUCGGUUAAAGAACCAUUUAAAGCGACUUUUGAAAAUGUUCAUGCUGCUUAUGAAGAAUCUUACCAAUCUUACGAAAAGCGUCACAAACUUAAAGAAUGA